UCCAAAUUCCAAAGUCAAAACAACCAAACAAACCAAACCAAACCAAACCAACCGAUUCAUUCCAUUCCGUUGCUGCUGACACUUCCACUCUUUCAAAGAAAAUUUCCCUCCCGAUUACUCAUCUUCAUCGUUUCCAUGUGAUUCUCUGCCUGCCAGUGAAUCAUCCAAGGAAGGGGCCACCAAUAUGCAAGAUCCGUCCAAUUCACCUCCUAGAUUCGGAUCUGAAGCUGCACAGAAGCUCUCGAAGGCGUCGUUCACAGUCAAGGCGGCUCCCCACCGGCGAGCCCACUCGGUGGUGAACUUCCGACUGCCGGACGACCUGGAUCACGUGUCCGAACCCUUCGAGGGGCCAUCCCAGGGGAGUGUGGAGGAGAUCGGGUCGGAGGACGAUCUGUUCUCCACCUACAUGGACAUGGAGAAGCUCGGAUCCAGCUCCGUGGACAAUGCCGGCGGGGUCGGUGGCGGAAGUGGAGUGGCGGCGGGCGCCGGCGAGGGAGAGAGGAAUGUGAGGCCUUGGCAUCGGCACAGUAAUUCAGUGGACGGUUCGGUUCUUCUUGGCGGGGCUAUAGAGGCCAAGAAGGCUAUGGAGCCUGAUAAGCUUGCCCAGUUGUGGACCGUUGAUCCGAAGCGGGCCAAGAGAAUUCUUGCAAAUCGGCAGUCUGCUGCUCGUUCUAAAGAAAGGAAGGCUCGCUACAUAACUGAACUUGAGAGAAAAGUUCUGAACCUUCAAACAGAAGCAACCACUCUUUCUGCACAACUCACACUGUUCCAGAGAGAUACAACAGGUCUGAGUAAUGAAAAUGCAGAACUAAAGCUUCGGCUACAAGCUAUGGAACAACAAGCUCAGCUACGUGAUGCGCUGAAUGAAGCACUGAAGCAGGAAGUAGAAAGGCUCAAGGUUGCCACAGGAGAAAUAACAUCCCCAUCAGAUACUUACAGUUUCGGGAUGCAGCAUCUUCCAUAUAUCCAGCCUUCAUCCUAUGCAGAGCAGCUGCAAGAACAUGGCGAGGUCCAGCAGAUACAAAUGCCGCAGUUCCAUCUGCUCCACCAAUCUAACUCGCCAAACCUCCAUCAAAGUCUUCUUGCAGCAUCCCAAUCGCUAUCCUUCUCGGAGUUGCUGCAGCAGGAUUCCCUCGGCCGUUUGCAGAGCCUUGACAUUAAUGCCAGAAGCUCUCAUCUCGUGAAGUCCGAAGGCCCUUCCAUUUCUGCCAGUGAAAGCAGCAGUACGUUUUGAUCCACAGGGCAUUGAUCAGUUGACAUUGUUCAUACCCUAACACCUUCUCUAACAUCAGAUAAGUGCCAUUCUUCUCAUUUAUUAUUUGUUGAUUUGGUUGGAUCAUUCUUAGGUCUUUCAGUCGUUUGGUCGUUUUCCUUUCUCUUCCUUGAGCAGUGACAAAAGUCAGAAAACCAGUUUCUGUGAUGUUGGUGGGUGUGAGAGAGAAGGUUGAAUGGUUGCAUAUUUCAUGCAAUUAGUGCUCUUAAUUUCUUCAUAUUCUAUUUAUGUUGUAGCAUUCAAUCCCUACUUCAUGGGGAAGGGGGAAUUUUUCUGUUGGUUUUGUAGUUCUGUAUUCAGGCAAAAAAAAACCGUGACUUUUCUGCUUGUAUCAUGGUCAUUUAUUUAAUGUAAAAUCUCUCUCUCUCUCUCUC